AUGGCAGCCCACCACCGCAAAGUCGAGCUCCAGUCUCCAGCAGACUUCACCUACCUAUACGCCAACACAAUCGCCCUCGCGCGUCGCAAACUAGACCUGAAUCUCCCCCCUUCCGCAAUCGACAAUGAAACACCCGAUCCGAUGCGCGAACGCGUCAGGGAAUUAGUCGACGAUUAUAUCAACAAAACCUUCGAAACAGCCUCCUCCUCAAUAAGCAUAAACGGCCUAGAUUCCACAUCCGAACAAUUCCCCUUCCCAGCAGCGCUCACAACACCAAUGGAAACAAUCGAGUACGAAGCAUACGACACAGAACUAGCAUCGCGCGUGACAGCCCUCUACGCGCAACUAGAAUCGCUCACGACAGGCAUCGCGCAGCAGAGGCGGGACGCGCCGAGACGCGCGGCGAAAGAGUAUGCGGCACAACUUAAGGCGUUGAUUCAGGGGGAGGUUGAGGAAGAAUAUGUUUCUAGUAAUAGUGCUGGAAUGACGUCCGUUCCAGAAGAUGGUAUGGAUGUUGAUUCUGCGCCGAAGGAGGGUGCGGACCGCGCGUGGAAGUUGGAGACUGCGCUUGGAACGGCUGAGGAGCAGGAGCGUUGGGCGAGUGGAGAUAUUGCGGGGGUCUAUGAAGAUGCCCUGCGAACGAUACUGCGGUUGCAGGGUGAGGGUGAGGGUGAGGGUGUUCAAGCUGGUGAUGGUGCUGAGGGGCAUGCUUUAGCUACGACCGUUGGGAAGGCUGAGAGGGCCGGACGGGCUGCUGAAGUUGUGGAAAAUAUGUGA